AUGCUUGAAGAUCGACUACAUCAAGCUCAUUCACGAACACAGUUUCUCACAUCUGUAGUUCUCGCCAUGAAUGCUCUAGUAUCUAUUGUCAUCGCACCAUUUACGGCUUGGGUGGCGGACCACUCGCCAAAGAAAAAUAUCUUCAUGGUAUUUUCUUGGAUCCUGAAUGGCAUUGGAACGAUAAUCACUGCUUGGGUUAAUUCACUCACAGGGCUCUUCAUCGGCAGGCUUGUCCAAACAAUCGCCGGCUCGUUGAUAUGGAACGUGGGAAUGGCCAUCAUCGCGGACACCGUCGGGCCCAACAACCUUGCCAAAGCCAUGGGCUUUUCGAUCUUGUUCAUCACCGCGGGAUUGCUGUGUGGACCGGCUGUGUCAGGCUCUCUAUACCAAUUUGCCUCGUACUCGACAACAUGGGCCAGCACGUUUGUGGUUUCAAUCCUAGGUGUCGCCCUUCAGUCCUUGAUCAUCAGGCCAUAUCAUCAUGAGAAACAUCCGAGAAGCCCAGAGACAUCGAGCGAAGAAGGGCCAGGUCCAGGUAUCAGCAGACCCGGUAGUCCAUACUCAGGGCACUUCCACGAUAGAAGUCCACUUCUUCCUCCAACCUCCCCUACAAUAAGACCAGCCUACCAAUCCCUGGCUGAUCAGCAACCCCGGAGGUCUGCUAUCAAUGAUUCAACAGAGCAUCAGCCUGCUACACACAAUGUUUAUUGGAUGAUGCUCCGUAAAGGCCGAGUCACCAUGGCCUUGAUCGCCGAUGCAUUGUUCGCCAUCCUCAUCGCGAGCUUCGAAACUACCCUCCCAAUCCACAUCAAGUCCAUCUUUCACUGGGAGUCACUUCAAGCGGGCUUACUAUUCCUACUUCUCCAGGUCCCUUCUUUCAUUCUCGUCGUACCUGCAGGGUGGAUGAAGGACAGAAUUGGGAUGCGAUAUCCUGUCACUGCCGGGUAUCUACUCCUAGCUCCGUUCAUGUGGCUUCUCGGAGUUCCGGGCCUUGGGGGAGACUCAUGGGCAGGGAAUGGCAAAACUGCUCAAAUAAUCUACAUCAUCGCGCUGGUGGGCAUUGGCAUUUUCAGGGUUCUGCCACUGGGACUGGGAGCGGUGGAGGUGUUCAGGGGAGCAAAUGAGCUUGGCUCUGAAUACCCAGGCAUUUUUGGUCCCUACGGUGGUUACUCACGCUCAUUUUCCUUAUCCAACAUUACGUGGAAAUUGGCCAUGUUUGUUGGGCCAUUGAUUUCAGCUGCCUUGACUCAGGCCGUGGGAUAUUAUUAUCUAAAUCUCUUCCUUGGGCAAAAACUCCUGCCCACCGCACCAGUCCCCGCUUCAUAUGAUAUUGCGCCAUGCGAUCAAUUGCCUCCGAUUCGUUAUGCGCGGGAACUGGACAUCGGGCACCUCUUUCCCCAAGACCUUGCACAGGGGUCCCCAGCCCUCUUGAAACCGCCAGCUCUGACAUUAAAGGAGAAAGUGGGAAGCUUCGACAACGUUGCCAUCGUCAUUCUCUUAGCCUCAACAACCUACUACAUGCCGUUCUACUUCCAGGCCGGGCAAGGUGUCUCGCCUAUCCGCACCGGCGUAGAACAGGUCUCCCUAGCUGCUUCUCUCAUGAUAGGACUUUUGGCUGGUGGCGCUAUUAUCACCGCCACAGGCCAUUACAUGCCGGUUACUCUAGACGCAGGUGCUAGUUGCGGACUGGGUCUGAGCAUCAAUAUCUCACACAUUGCGGUCCAGGUAGUGUUCGAGAACGCCAACGACAUCCUCUUCGCGAACGGCAUUGCCGGUUUCUUCGGUCAGCUGGGUGUCUCAAUGGGCGUUCCCAUUGCCUACACAGUUUUGCUCACUGCGCUACACACCCACGUACCGCGAAACACUCUCGAGUGGGCCUGGUGUGAUACAUGCUUUCCGGUCCGCGUGGGCGCGGGCCGUCGCGGACGUGAAUAUCUUGCUAGUGGCGAUCCUUUGUGUCUCGGUGCCGCCGGCGCUGGGGAUGCGCUGGUUAAACGUAAAUAA